AAUCAGACACCUUGUUGGCAGGGAGCUGAGGAUUCCACGGUUGCCAUGGUUUUGUAUCCAGGUGCAUCAUUUCGAUAUAAUCAGAAUUUAAACCAAAAUAACUUUCUAACGGCAGAAAAACUGAAGAUUUCAGUCGACAUUUUCUCUGAGAAGAAAGAUAUUAUUUACAGCAAACAGCGAGUUAUUACACCUGGACCUCUACCAAAGACCAACUAUCACUAGCUGACGGACUGGUCACCUGGAAAACAUGGAGAAACGCAACACAUGGACAUGUGUCCCCGUUCCGAGCUCAGCCCGGAACAAUGCCCUUGUUCCAAGCUUAGCCCGGAACGGCAUCCCGCUGCUGUUCAUCCUGCGGAAUAUCCCAGCACCAACCUCCAAGAGUGGCUCUCCACCUGGCUCUCCACCUGGCUCUCCACCUAGCUCUCCACCUGGCUCUCCACCUGGCUCUCCACCUAGCUCUCCACCUGACUCUCCACCUAGCUCUUCAUCUGGCUAUUCAUCUGGCAGUGACCCUGGCUCUCCACCUGGCUCUCCACCUGGCUCUCCACUGGGAAACAAGAAGGACCGAGGCUACACGUGGACACGUGUCCUCAUUCCUGUCCCCAACCGGCCCAGCAGCCCACGGCUCAUCCUGCGGAGGAUCCCAGCACCAACCUCUGGGAGUGGCUCUUCACCUGGCAGUGACCCUGGCUCUUCACCUGGCAGUGACCCUGGCUCUCCACCUGGCUCUCCACCUGUCUCUCCAUCUGUCUCUCCACCUGUCUCUCCACCUGUCUCUCCACCUGGCUCUCCACCUGUCUCUCCACCUGUCUGUGACCCUGUCUUUCCAUCUGUCUGUGACUUUUUCUCCCUGUCUUGUUCCUCUACCUCCUCCUCUAGCUCAGCCUCAAGCUCCUCCUCUAGGUUUUCCCUUAUCUUUGCGUCAGGUUCCCCCCAAAGGCAAGGCAAGAGAAGCGCCCCCAUCCCAGAGCCUGAGCAGGACCACAGUGAGCCUUCGAGAGCGAGCCCCGCUAAAGAACCCGAGGCACCCAGUGAGCCUUCACCCAGUGAGCCUGCACCCAGUGAGCCUGCACCCAGUGAGCCUUCACCCAGUGAGCCUUCACCCAGUCAGCCUGCACCCAGUGAGCCUGCACCCAGUGAGCCUGCACCCAGUGAGCCUCAGCCGUUAUGGGGCGGCCCAGUGCCGGAGUGGUCGAGGAACAUGGACCUCUACCUGGAGCGGAGGAGGCAGUUUGACAGCCAGUGCCACAAGAGCGCCCCUGUAAUUACAGGUGAGCCUCCAGCCUCUGCCAGCAACCUGCAGCUGCCGCCUCCACCUGCAGAUUGUGGCAGACAGCUGCGGCCAAACCUCAACCUACAGCCUUUGCCAGCAACCUGCAGCUGCCGCCUCCACCUGCAGAUUCUGGCAGACAGCUGCGGCCAAGCCUCCACCUACAGCCAUAAACCUGCACCUCCACCUCCAUCUGAAGAUUCUGCAAGACAACUGUAGCUCAACCUACAGCCUCUGCCAGCAACCUGCAGCUGCCGCCUCCACUUGCAGAUUCUGGCAGACAGCUACGGCCAAACCUCCAUCUACAGCCUCUGCCAUCAUCCUGCAGCUGCCGCCUCCACCUGCAGAUUGUGGCAGA